AUGUUCUUAUUUGGAGGAUUCGAGGAAGAUCUUCAACGAUUCAGUCAAGAAACCUAUGUGUUCGACUUUCUAACAAACCGUUGGAGUGAAUUCAAUACUUCGGGUCAACCACCUCUAUGGCGCGAUUUCCACACAGCUGUCGCAAUUGAUAGUAAAAUGUAUAUAUUUGGAGGAAGAAGCGAUCACACAGGGCAGUUCCACUCUACUCGCGACAUGUAUGAUGAACGUCUGAAAGCAUUGGAUUUGCGAACGGGAGAGUGGUCCGAUCCAGUCUGUAAUGGAACUGGACCGUCAGGAAGGCGAAGUCAUUCAGCUUGGACUUAUGGUGGAAAAAUGUACAUAUUUGGUGGAUAUCUUGGAACUCAGAACAUGCACUAUGACGAUCUUUUCUCCUUCGAUCCACAAACAAAUCACUGGGAGAAGAUUAAGACAUCUGGCCCAAUGCCAUCGGCCCGUCGACGUCAAUGCACCGUUGUCGUUGGGAGCAGGGUAUUCUUGUUUGGUGGGACUAUGUAA